GGGACUGGGUGGAAAUAGGCACUCGCUACACUGUCCAAAUAUGACAAAAGGAGCACAAUUUAUCGAUCGACUGUGUUCAAUAGACCCCCCGUGGAGCGAAGACGGCCACGGAGCCCAGCAGCGCUCAGGCAGACAUGCGCCCGUGGCGUCGAGCGACCCCGCAAUCUGUCUCCCCUCUGGACUGUUUGGUGCCUUGAAUUCUGAUAACACGAAGCACUCCGGCACUCAGAGAGCCCAGACACGGGCCUCCAUGACCACAGAGUACCGGGAGAGGUUCGUCCCUCCACGCUGCCACACGACCGCGGGGACAAGUACCAAAGGGACCACUUUUAGGUCACUCUAUAUCACCCAGAAAUGGAUAAAAACCCCACCAAAGGCCCCACAGCCAUCUUUGCCACCUAAAGGCCGCCAGAAAUGCAGCAGCGCUCCACACGACCCUAGUUGCCUUGAAGCGAGCCAGCUGGCAUCCAAGGUUGAGGACUACACAACAGUGUACAAAAACGAUUUCCGAGCGUGGGAAGCAAAGAAGCGUCAGCCAAUCAGGCUGAUUGACAGCUUGAAAGUCAGCCAAGGAUUAGUCGUCACAAGCAGUACCUCCAAAGAACGUCGCAUCGAGGGAAAUUCUGUUCAAGUGGAUGCGAACUCCGAUACAGUCUCACGGGAGCAAGAACGCCAACCAUUUGGAAGCAUCACCAGCUACAGAUCUGACUACAUCACCCAUCCAGUGCAGCCCAGGACACGCAGGGAGAAGCCUGCGAACCGAACCAACAAAAGCCUGCUGUCAGCGUCCGCAGCAUCCUCCAGGCCAAAGUUGGCGUGGCAGAUAAACCGGGAACGUUUUGACGGAGCCAGUGAAUUCUUUCAGCAAUUCAAGACCUGGUCUCUUGAAACCAAGUUCCACGGCCAAGGUGAAGCCAGGGUGACCAGUCCACCGGCAGAUCACAACGCAUUUCUCUCUUCAGCACACAGAGACUACACACCACACGAGUGCCAGCGCACCAAGCCAACCGUGCCAUCUGUGCAAAGCGGUGAGAAAAGCAGGGAGCCUUUUCAGGCGACAACUACCAUGAAGGAGGAUUACAAAGCUUGGGACACGCCGCGACGCUUCCCCAUCGUCCAUAAAGAAAAGAUCAAACAGCCCAAGAAGACCCCCUUUUCAGGUUGCACACCUAAGCCUGCCGAGAGCUGCAAAACAAACCCAAAACCUUUUAGACUCCAUCCCAAACUGAAUGAGACUGCUGUCUGUAAUUCCAGCUGUACUGCCACAAAGAAACCUCAAUGUCCUGCUAAGAUUGGAGCAUUUUCUGGCUUUGAAAGCAUCUCCACCGGCACUGGAGAGUCCAGGGUGUACUGGUCCACUUCUUCGGACAAAGGAGGGACUCGGCCUAACGGCGACAUUUGUGAUGUCCCAUCUCAGCACCACCAAAUAAUCGGCUGCUUAGUUUCCAGCAGAAGCUAAGGCUUCCUAGAGACCAAGCAGCUGACAGGGUGUGAUGCUGUCAUACAUUACCUCAGUUAGUUUCUACCUUUACACCAUUAAAAGCCAUAAAUGCUACUGAGAUUAUGUAAUGGCAGCUAUUUUUAUACUACUACGCUUCAGCACAUCUUGUUUUGAGUGUUAUGUAAUCUACAAAAUUGAAGGCAAUUCUUAUUCAGUUCAGGAGAC